AUGGCUGACACCGGCACAGGCGGCCUUUAUCAAUGCCUGACUGACAUUGCGCGUUCCGACACGAGCGGAGACUACCAAAAAGCGCUCCAAUCGGCGAAUAAGUGUAAGAAUUUGGUUUAUUUGGGUGCAAUCGGGUAGGAAAUUGCGGAAAUUACCGAAAUACACAGAAAACUCGGAUGAUUUCGCAAUUUUUCAGUAAAACCUGGGUUUUCCGCAUUUUCCCGAAAGAACCGGAAAAUCCCGGAUUUUCAAUGUUUUUGUUAAUAAAGACUGUCAUUUUAGAGUAAAGUGAGCAAAAUUCCACUUUUUUCAGUGAUUCGCAAGUUCCCAAAGGAAACAAUUGCUUUCAAGUGCAAACUUGUGGCUCUCAUCCAACUUUCCCAAUAUGCGGACGCCCUGGAGCUCAUCAAAAAGACGCCAGCUCAUCAAAUGGGGUAUUUACAAAGUUUUCUGAAUUUUUUCCAAUUUUUCCCAAUUUUUAGGCCAGUCGGCUUCGAGAAGGCGUACAUUGCGUAUCGUCAGGGCGAUUUGGACGAGGCUUUAAAGCAUUUGAAUACUUGCGAAAAAGACGACAUUAAAGCUAUGGAGCUCAAGGCUCAAGUCUGUUAUAAGCAAGAGCACUUCCAGGUUUGUUGUGACAAAACAUCGCGUAAUUCAAAAAUCGCAAAAUUGCAGGAAGCCUACGACAUUUACCUGCAUUUGCUCAAAAACUUUUCGGACGAUUCGGACGAGCUGCGCCGAGCGAAUUUCCUGGCGGUUCAGGCCCGUUUGGAGGCUCAGGGCACGAAGCAGCAGCUCGAGGACACCGAGGAUUCGUACUCGCAGCUCUACAAUCGUGCUUGCGUCGAAAUCGAGGCGGAACGGCUCCCACAAGCCCUCGCCAGUCUCGAAAAAGCUUUGGGUAGGUGAAAAUUACUACAAAAUGCUUUAUUUUCUCUAUUUUCUCAAUGCUUUUUCAGUCGCGUGCCGCAAAGCGCUAACCGACGAGGACCGUGAAGAGGACGAAAUCGAGGAGGAGCUGGACUCGAUUCGCGUCCAAAAAGCCUACGUUCUGCAGAGAAUGGGCAAAAAACGAGAGGCGCUCGAGAUCUACCAGAAAGUUCAGGCGGCCAAGUACGGUUUUUUUAGCGGAAGAUACUGUCAAUUCAGCAGAUAAACAGCCAUUUUUCAGUCAUCCGGACGAGAGUGUUAAAGCGACGAUCACCAACAACAUUCCGGCCGCCUCGACCGACUUUUCGUUGACCGAAUCGCGCAAGAAGUUCAAGGCCGCUCUUCAGGUACGGUAUUUGAGGAAAUUGCAGAGAAUUUCGAUGAAAAUUAAUCAAAAAUUGAGAUUCCUCACAUUUGCUUCAAAAAAAUUGCCUCAUUUUUCAGGUGGACCAGAGCAAACUGACGCGCCGCCAACGCCGUACCCUUAUGCUGAACAACGCGCUCGUGCUGCUUCUCUCCAAUCAGCGGGAACCGUGCAAACGGGCCCUCGAGGAGCUCGCCGCCAAAUUUGGACCGUCCAAAGACGUCUCGCUCAUCGAGGCUACCCUUCUCGUCAAAUUGGGCGACACUGACGCCGCUUUGAAGGUGAGGGAAAAUUGUUAUUUUUAUGGAAAAUGACGGAUAGUUUAAAAUUGGCAAUUUUGUGUGUUUCAGGUGCUCGCCGGCGACGAUUUGGAGCAAUCGGUGGCGCGUCUGCACGUGCUCCUCAACGCGAACCGUCUUCCGGACGCCGUCGCCGCCAUCCGCGGCCUUCCGCACAAAAAUGCGCCGGCAAUCUCUUCCCUGCUGGCUUCGGCGCUCCUCGCUUCAGAUUCCCGCGACGAAGCCGUUAAAGAGCUCUCGGCGGCUCUUUCGGCCAAAAAUCUGAAAAAAGAGUCGCUGAAAUCGAUCCUGGAGGCCCUCGUCGAGGCGGAAACCGGACGCGGAAACGAGGCGGAAGCGACGCGCCACUUGGAGAAGAUUGCCGAAAAGUUUCCGGAGGAUGUGCAGAAUCAGUGCCGUUUGGUGGCCGCCUACUCGAAAAGCGACCCGAAAAAGGCGGAGGCGUUGAGCAAUAAGGUAGAAAUUUCGCUCACAAUUUUCCCUAAAAAUGAUGGGUUUCAGUUGUUCCCCGAAUCGAUGGAAGUGGACGUGAACGUGGACGAACUCGAGGACUCGGACUGGAUCCUCUACGGCGAGAAGUAUCGUCAAAAGAAGGAAGCAAAGUCGCCGGCGACUGAUGACGAACAGAUCAUCACGCGGAAGCUGAAGAACACGAAGAGAAAGCGGAAGGUCCGUCUGCCGAAGAACUACAAUCCGUCGGUGGCGCCGGACCCGGAGCGAUGGCUGCCCCGACAGGAACGGUCGACGUACAAGCGGAAGAGAAAGAACCGCGAGCGAGAGAUCGGCAGAGGAACGCAGGGAUCCUCGGCCGCCAAUCCCAACGUCGAAUUCGUGUCGGCGUCCCCGAAUUCGCCCCGCCCACUUCCCGGACCAGCCGCCGAGGGACCACGUCAGCAGCGACCCAACUUCCAGAAACAGAAGAAGAAGAAGAGCAGCAAAUUUUAA